GCGCUCGGCGAGUUCGGGGGAACGCGGAAGCGGCCGGGAUUUGUCUAUCGGAGGGGGGCCUGUCGUCAUGGCAACCGCCGCCGCUGCCGAGGGUCCGCCGGAGGCCCGGGUGCAAGUAGCCAAACAGGAUCCUGCUGUGGAGACAGCGGAGGAAGCUAAGGAACCAGCAGAAGCAGAUAUCAAUGAGCUUUGUAAGGAUAUGUUUAACAAAAUGGCCACUUACUUAACAGGUGAACUGACAGCCACCAGUGAAGACUACAAACUCCUGGAAAAUAUGAACAAGCUGACUAGCUUGAAAUAUCUGGAAAUGAAAGAUAUUGCUGUAAACAUUAGUCGAAACCUGAAGGACCUAAAUCAAAAAUAUGCUGGUCUUCAGCCGUAUCUGGAACAAAUCAACCUAAUUGAAGAGCAAGUGGCAGCUCUUGAGCAGGCAGCCUACAAGCUGGAUGCCUAUUCGAAAAAGCUUGAAGCAAAGUACAAAAAACUGGAGAAACGAUGAAAUUCUACAACAAAAGGACGCUUUUUCCUAAGAUACGAGAAUUGGGUCAUGACUCAGAUUGACUUGUCAAAUUCCUAAGGUUUGAACUGCACCAAACAUACAAGCUGUUAUUCUGGAAGAGCCGUGUAGCCAGGGGGAUGCCUUGGCUAAGGACUUGAGUGUAGCAGACAUCAGACUAGUAAUGUUGCUGUGUGUCUAUUCCUUCUGAGGCUAGAAAACCUUCCCUUUUCUCAGAAGCCUGUUCUUUUACUGCCUCUGUUAUUGAGCUGUAGUCAAAAGCUGAAAUCUACUCUGAGCUUUUAUGAGUUGCCCUAAGACAGUGUUCACAUUUAAUACUUCCUGAGCUCCAUAUGUCCUAGUAGAAAAUGUCCUCCAUAGCCUACCACUAUAUUCUCCUCUACAGCUGGAGGACCUGAAAUUCCCCUUGUUCCACUGCUUCCUUUUCCUCACUUAGAGCCCUGUGUCUAGUAUAAAUAUUCUUUCCAUCUGUACUGUCUAGAGAUCUGUUUUCAGAGGUGUGAGCAUUGUUUUGGAUCCUCUUAAAUUUGUCUUGGUAUCUAGAUUUCCUGUUGAAAGGGGAAUAAUAGUUAUAGCUUUACAGUUAAACUUUUCUCUAUCGCAAAUGUCUUGAAACUAACUCAGAUUGUGUUUCUAAGAACUGAUUUCUCAUGCUUUAUGCAAGUUUAUCCUGUUAAAGUAGCGGAGAACAGAAGCAUCUAACAGUCAUUUUGAUUUAGAGGUCACAGGAGAAGAUGAUAUUUAAGACUAAUUCUGUACUUUGAUGAAAUUCUUUGGAAGUUGAUUAAGUUAAGCUACAUUUGGAAAAAGGCACUUAUUCUGGGAUAAAUUGUCAACUUAUUCCAGAAUAAGUCCAUGUGUAGACAAGCCUUAAAUAAAUAUGUAAUGGGUUAGAAAAGGUAAGAUCUUGCAUUAUGAAAACAAGUGGUGAUUCAUAAUCAGUUUCAUUGAGAUAUUUCCCCAAUACUAGAAGAUUGUAUCUUGUCUAAAUGAUUUGUAUAGACC